AAGCGGAGUUUUUUUUUUUUUCUUCCUUCCUCAUUGAUAGAACAAAUCUACCACAAGCGGGAUUUUGUAAUAAUCGUUUAUAGUAAUAUUUUAUAAUAACCGUUGCGCAUUUAUCUAAACGAAUUAUCUAUACGUGUAAUUUGCAAGUUGAUACAAUAAGACAAAACGAGGGCGUUUUUCCCCCACAGACACAGGCCACCAUGAAGCUAACGGACAAUGUGCUGCGGAGCUUCAGGGUUGCUAAAGUGUUUCGAGAGAACUCAGACAAAAUAAACUGCUUCGAUUUCAGUUCAAACGGAGAAACCAUAAUUUCCAGCAGCGACGACGACUCUUUAGUUUUGUACGACUGCCAGGAGGGAAAACCCAAGAGGACUCUCUACAGUAAGAAGUAUGGAGUGGACCUGAUCAGAUACACACAUGCUGCCAACACUGUGGUCUACAGCUCCAACAAAAUUGAUGAUACCAUCAGGUACCUGUCGCUUCAUGACAACAAAUACAUCCGAUAUUUUCCUGGACACAACAAAAGAGUGACAUCUUUGUCCAUGUCUCCUGUGGAUGACACAUUUAUUUCUGGCUCAUUAGAUAAAACCAUCAGACUGUGGGAUCUGCGGUCACCUAACUGUCAGGGUUUGAUGCAUCUGCAAGGGAAGCCGGUGUGCUCCUUUGAUCCGGAGGGUCUCAUUUUUGCUGCUGGAAUAAACUCGGAGAUGGUUAAACUGUAUGAUCUGCGAUCGUUUGACAAGGGUCCUUUUGCAACUUUCAAGCUUCAGUAUGAUCGAACCUGUGAGUGGACGGGACUCAAGUUUAGCAAUGAUGGAAAACUCAUUCUUCUUUCUACAAAUGGCGGAGCCCUUCGCAUCUUAGAUGCUUUUAAGGGUGUUGUGCUACAUUCCUUCGGG